GUUGUAUCCUCCUCGGCAGGCAGGGGCCUUGAAGAUACAGCGUCUUUCCAUCGCGAUUCUAGAAGGCGAGGUUGGAGUGUCAUAGCACCUUCCCGUGAUUCUCAACCAGGACCAGGUCAAGACUUGACAUCACGAAAGGAUACUUCACUGAUUUUCAUCCCGGACGGCAGCAUCAAAUGGCUUGCACGCGGUGCGGUCGCGUGCUACGCUGUGCCGGCAAAUAUUUUGAUCGACGCGAGGGGAUGGAGUACAGGAAAUCAUGCUAGUAACGUGUCUUCUUUGUCAGUAAGAACAGGUACUGGUGCACAACAAGGACCUUCAAUCACGUCUGCUGCCACUUCUUCGACCGAGAUAUCUGCAACCGAAGCGGAGCGAAAAGCGGACUUGCAAGGGGCCCUCCUAGAGCGACUUCAGCGAGCAAAGGCGCAGCGAAGUUUAAAACGACAGCUAGUGGGAGGAGGCUCGGUUUCAUCGUCGGGGGGUGGAUCCUCCAUGAAUUCUUCAUCGGCGACGCAGACUGGGCGUAAUUUGAAGCGCAGCUGCGAAACUGAGGUUUUGUAUGAGGAUCUUGCACAGAAAAGACGGAAAAGAUAUGGCGCGAUCUACAUGGACGCGAGGGUGGAAGAGGAAGC